AUGAUUUCAACAUUUGCUGGUCAGUGGGACAGAGUCAGUGGUCUGACAUAUACUCUCACUCAGUUCAAAUACUUACGAAGAGGAGAUUUGCAGGGUCUGGUCUUCAACACAGCUGUUGCGGUGACCCUCACGCCUGAGGAUGACAUAGUACACAGGCUCAGCAGUUCGGUGGACAGACACGUGGACUCCAUUGCGAAAUACAAUUACGCGCUUCACCGCCAACUUGGAGAAACAUUUAAUUUCACGAUGCAAAUCCAUGUCACUUUUUCUCACGGUUACCCUGAUUCAAGUGGCCAAUUUGACGGGAUGCUGGGCAUGCUACAGAGGCGGGAAGCACAACUUGGCAUCACGUCACUGACCAUGUCGCCUCGGCGUCUCGCAGUUGUCGAUUUCACUGGACCGACAUGGAAAUUCAGGGGAUCCCUUCUGUUUCGUCAUCCACGGACUACAGGGACCAGUUACUCUCUACUGAAACCAUUCACCAGCACCGUGUGGCUAUGUAUCCUGCUCUCAUGGGUGCUCAUGGCGGCCACAAUCCAUCUAGUCAAGUGGCUAGAGUACCGCCAGCAGAGCGAUGGACACCAUUCCUCCAAGUCGGCCUAUGAUCAUUCGUGGGGUGCAACUGUCCUUACCAUAUUCGGAGCUAUAUCUGAACAGGGCAGUGAGAUGGAAUCGAAGUGGAUAACUUGGCGGAUCGUGUACCUGGUGACGCUGGUGCAGGUGGUGUUACUUAACGCGUACUAUGGUGCCUGUAUGGUAUCGGACCUUCUUCAACCUCCACCUCGCACCAUCCGCAACGUUCGAGACGUCAUAAACAGUAAACUACACGUCGGAUACGUGGACAGCCGCCAUAACAGGGAGUAUUUCCAGGAAAUUUCAGAUCCGACAGUGAAAGAAUUAUACAGCAAAAAAAUGAAGCCAACAAGAAGCUUAGUUCCUUACGCUUUCCCGGUGGAUGCAGCCAUCCAGAAGCUGCAGAAGGAGCCAUUUGCAAUUCACGACGAGGCCAUCGCUCUGUACCCGAUCAUCGAACGAAUUUUCAGCAACGAGGAGAAAUGCUCCCUCACAGAAAUCGAGCUGUUCACUCCAAAGAUGACAUACGCAGUUAUACAGAAGAAAUCACCGUAUCGCAGGCUUCUUGAAUAUGGGUAGAUAAAUAUCAGCUUGCACCUGCACCAACUUCACAUACACGGACAAAAACGACUCUGAUCAGUGUAAAAGUAAAGUCAAAUUCACCACACAAAGAGUCUUAUAUGUCGAAGAGUAAAGAAAUAAAUACAUCGAGAGCUUACCUAGCGUUAAGAGGGUGUUUUUAAGUGCACUGGAUUAUAAUUAUUUAACUCGAUUCGGUUGAGAUUUUAAAUAUGGGCUGAUGUGGUAUCUUCAUAAUGCACUGGGACAGGAAUUAUUACUCGAAUUCGGCAACCUUUCUGCAAGAAUUUAUAUAAUAAAAACAUUUCUAAAAGUAAAAUGAGCAAUACCUUGACACGCAAUCUCUGAAGUCAGUUGAACUUCUGCUGCAUCUGUGACGUGACAGCCCUUCAGCCGGUAUUUCGCCCGCGUAAAGAGAUACAAACAGCAGGGGAAUCAUCACAACAAUUGAAAAUCGCUGUUGUAGGCCACCUACCGCAGUCUUGCGGCUUUAGCUUCUGUCCCAGAGCAUUCUGACGUUACCGCGCAUAACAUAAAGAAGCGAAUGGCCAAAAUGUAGGAUUUUCA